AUGGCCCCGGGCUCGCCCGCCGCUCGCCGCCGCGCCGCGCCGCGCCUGCUGGCCGCGCUCCUGGGUUUGCACGUCUUGGCCAUUGCCUUCGCCCUGGAGGUGUCGGUGGGGAAAACCAACACGGUGACAGCUCUGAAUAACUCCAAUGUCCUGCUGCCCUGCACCUUCACCACCUGCAUAGGCUUCCAGGACCUGGUCUUCAAAUGGUAUUUCAACACGACAGAGCUGAUUUACCACGGCAAGAUAAAGACCAAGACCACGGAGCCCACCCUCAUCUGGCACAACCCACGGGUGGAGUUCGUGGGCUCCACCACCAAGAAGGAAAACAACAUCUCCAUCGUGCUGAACAGCGUGGAGUUCAGCGAUGCUGGCAAGUACACCUGCCACGUCAAGAACCCCAAGGAGAGGAACGCCCAGCACAACGCCACCAUCUUCCUCACCGUGGUCCAUAAGAUGGUGGAGACAGACAACACUGUGACCCUCAUCAUCGUGGGCGUGGUGGGGGGGCUCAUCGGCCUCCUCAUCCUCUUCAUGCUCAUCAAGAGGGUGGUGCUGUUCAUCAUCAAGAAGACGCAGGAUGGGAAGAAGGAGUGUCUGGUGAGCUCGUCAGGGAACGACAACACCGAGAAUGGCCUGGCCGGCUCCAAGGCGGAACAAAAAGCUCCACCAAAGGCAUGA